UUGCGGGCUCUACUACCUUUCCCCGCGGGCAAGAUCCCGCUUGAGGGUUCUCAGAUCGGCGGGCCAGGCAGCCAGGUCACCCAGCAGCCCGGCCGAUCUCCCCGGGGCGUCGGGGCCGCGCUUCCGCUCCGGCUUCGUCACCGCCGUUCCCUCCGCUGGUGACGCCCCCGCAAAGGCUUCGCCGUCGCCGAGGCCUCCUCUCCGCGACUCGUCGCAACUGGAUUCCCUCUCACUGGGUCUUUCCCGCACACCGCAACCAUUGACGCCAUGUCGAGUUAUUCUAGUGACCGGGACCGCGGCCGGGAUCGAGGAUUUGGUGCACCGAGAUUUGGAGGGAGUAGAACAGGACCCCUCUCUGGAAAGAAAUUUGGAAAUCCUGGGGAGAAACUAGUUAAAAAGAAGUGGAAUCUUGAUGAGCUGCCCAAAUUUGAGAAGAAUUUUUAUCAGGAACACCCUGAUUUGGCAAGGCGUACCGCACAAGAGGUAGAUACAUACAGGAGAAGCAAGGAAAUUACAGUUCGGGGUCACAAUUGCCCAAAGCCUGUUCUGAACUUUUAUGAAGCAAACUUCCCUGCAAAUGUCAUGGAUGUGAUUGCGAGGCAGAAUUUCACUGAACCCACUGCUAUUCAAGCUCAGGGCUGGCCAGUUGCUCUAAGUGGAUUGGAUAUGGUUGGAGUAGCUCAGACUGGAUCUGGGAAAACAUUAUCUUAUUUGCUGCCUGCCAUUGUCCACAUAAAUCACCAGCCAUUCCUGGAGAGGGGUGAUGGGCCUAUUUGCUUGGUGCUGGCACCAACUCGAGAACUGGCCCAGCAAGUGCAGCAGGUUGCUGCUGAAUACUGUAGAGCUUGUCGCUUGAAGUCUACUUGCAUCUAUGGUGGUGCUCCCAAGGGACCACAGAUUCGCGAUUUGGAAAGAGGUGUGGAAAUCUGUAUUGCAACACCUGGAAGACUGAUUGACUUUUUAGAGUGUGGGAAAACCAAUCUGAGAAGAACAACUUACCUUGUCCUUGAUGAAGCUGAUAGAAUGCUUGAUAUGGGAUUUGAACCCCAAAUACGGAAAAUUGUGGAUCAAAUCAGACCUGAUAGGCAAACCCUAAUGUGGAGUGCAACUUGGCCAAAAGAAGUAAGACAGCUUGCUGAAGACUUCCUGAAAGACUAUAUUCAUAUCAACAUUGGUGCACUAGAGCUAAGUGCAAACCAUAACAUUCUUCAGAUUGUGGAUGUAUGUCAUGAUGUAGAAAAGGAUGAGAAACUUAUUCGUCUAAUGGAAGAGAUCAUGAGUGAGAAGGAGAAUAAAACCAUUGUUUUUGUUGAAACCAAAAGAAGAUGUGAUGAGCUUACCAGAAAAAUGAGGAGAGAUGGGUGGCCUGCCAUGGGCAUCCACGGUGACAAGAGUCAACAGGAACGUGACUGGGUUCUAAAUGAAUUCAAACAUGGAAAAGCUCCUAUUCUGAUUGCUACCGAUGUGGCCUCCAGAGGGCUAGAUGUGGAAGAUGUGAAAUUUGUCAUCAAUUAUGACUACCCUAACUCCUCAGAGGAUUAUAUUCAUCGAAUUGGAAGAACUGCUCGCAGUACCAAAACAGGCACAGCAUACACUUUCUUUACACCUAAUAACAUAAAGCAAGUGAGCGACCUUAUCUCUGUGCUUCGGGAGGCUAAUCAAGCAAUUAAUCCCAAGUUGCUUCAGUUGGUCGAAGACAGAGGUUCAGGUCGUUCCAGGGGUAGAGGAGGCAUGAAGGAUGAUCGUCGAGACAGAUACUCUGCGGGCAAAAGGGGUGGAUUUAAUACCUUUAGAGACAGGGAAAAUUAUGACAGAGGUUACUCUAGUCUGCUUAAGAGAGAUUUUGGGGCUAAAACUCAGAAUGGUGUUUACAGUGCUGCAAAUUACACCAAUGGGAGCUUUGGAAGUAAUUUUGUAUCUGCUGGUAUACAGACCAGUUUUAGGACUGGUAAUCCAACAGGGACUUACCAGAACGGUUAUGAUAGCACUCAGCAAUAUGGAAGUAAUGUUGCAAAUAUGCACAAUGGUAUGAACCAACAGGCAUACGCAUAUCCUGCUACCGCAGCUGCUGCGCCUAUGAUUGGCUAUCCGAUGCCAACAGGGUAUUCUCAAUAAGACUUUAGAAGUAUAUGUAAAUGUCUGUUUUUCAUAAUUGCUCUUUAUAUUGUGUGUUAUCAAACAAGAUAGUUAUUUAAGAAACAUGGGAAAUGCAGAAAUGACUGCAGUGCAGCAGUGAUUAUGGUGCACUUUUUUCGCUAUUUAAGUUGGAUAUUUCUCUACAUUCCUGAAACAAUUUUUAGGUUUUUUUUGUACUAGAAAAUGCAGGCAGUGUUUUCACAAAAGUAACUGUACAGUGAUUUCAGAUACAAUAAAUGAAGGCAAUGCAUGGCCUUCCAAUAAAAGAUAUUUGAAGACUGAA